UAUCAAUGGCAAUUAGCAACUGCAAAUUCAGCUGCUCCCAUUACACAACCCAGGAUUAGAUUCAAGAUUCCAAAACUGUUAGCCAAGAUCAUGCAGGAAAGAAGCAGUGGUUAUUAUGGCAAUGGUGAUCACACCAAAAAGAAGAAAAAGAAAUGGUAUAUUUCAAAGAGGGUUAGCUUGAUUUUCUCUAGUGUCUUUAGCAGCAGCAAGAAAUCAUUACCUAAAUCUCACUCUACAGAGGUUCCAAGAAAUGAUGAUGACAGUAAUCAUUCUAGUUCAGCAGAGUCGCAACUUUUGAAAAGGACUGAAUCUGAUGGGACGAGUCCAUUUAGGAAAAUUUUGGAGACUGAAAACGAAGAGCAAAGAAAAGCAAAUAUGGAGAAGAAAGCAAACAACAAGAAGCCAAGCAAAGCAGGGUCAUCAUCUUUAUCGAGAUUUUUCCACAAGAAAAGCUGCAGCUUCAAUUGCAUGAGAGUUAAAAUCAACAAAAUUGAUAUCAACAGCAGUCUUAGCACUAGCACUAGUUUUAGCAGCACUAGAAGUAGUUUUAGAUUUAAUAGCCAAAACAGUUGUAGCUCAACUGGCAGAGUUGCAGAAAUAAUGGGAAGACAAGGAAGUACGCACAGCCUGCCUAGAGUUCCAUCGAGAAUACUGACCACUAAGCAAAAAUUGAAGAUGGCUCAUUCGUUAACGAAGAUGGGAAGCAGAAGAAAAUCAAGAAGCGAAGAUAGGGAUGAAUGUGAGUCUUUAAUAAGAAUGGAAAGUGGAAGGAAAUCAGAAUGGGAAGACAGAGGUGGUGGAGUGGAGCUGUGCAAGAAGAGGAUCUUAAUGGGAGGGAAGUGCAGGCCACUCAAUAAUUCUGGUACUCUUCAGUAUGAUAAAGAUGGGGUUUUGUUACCAGAUAUCAUUCCAUGAUUUAUAAUUUUUAUAGGGAUUUAUGCCUUUAUGUGUUUUCAUGUGUUUAAUCCUGUUAGCUCAGUUGAGUUCCACUUGGGGAAGCAUGUAUUAACAGCAUUUGAUGUGAGAUGACAACAGUUUGAUACUAGAAAUUCAA